AUGAGCGCCUCCGCAUCCGUCGCACGCCGCGCCGUGGUCAUGAACCCUUUGGUGGGCAAUGGCCGCGCGCUUCCACGAUCAGUCCUCAGGGCCUCCCAGGCUCAUCUCGGUCGCCAUUCUCGAAACCUUGCUCUGCAGAACCCGGCCAUCGCACUGCUUAUACCUGUGCGGAGCCUCUCAACAGAUACGCACACGUCCACAAGAGGCGUUUCUUCGGUCCCUCCGCCCGGCUUCAAUGCAGAGAAGGCUAAGAACCCGCUCCCAAAGGAGGAGAAGCCAAAGGACAAGGAUGCUGCCGUGAAGGCACCAGUGCCAGUUGAUUCGGCAGCAGCCAAGCCUGUCGCCGUUGCCGAACCAUCCGAAAACUCGGCCUCGCUUACAGAACUAGCAGCCGAAAAGGCAGCCGAGAAGAAGGACGAGCCCAAGAAGGAGGAGAAGAAGUUGACACUAGGUCAGAAGAUUAAGAAGGAGGCUCAGCACUAUUGGGACGGAACCAAGCUGCUUGCCGCUGAGGUCAAGAUCAGCAGUCGCCUUGCAUUGAAGAUGGCCGCAGGCUACGAGCUCACCCGCCGUGAGAGCCGCCAGCUUCAGCGAACUGUCCAGGACCUCGGUCGCCUGGUCCCAUUUUCGGUCUUCAUCAUCGUCCCAUUUGCGGAGCUGCUACUCCCCGUGGCUCUCAAGCUCUUCCCCAACCUUCUGCCCAGCACGUACGAGGGCCAGAAGUCGAGGGAUAAGAAGACGAACGCGCUUAGGGCCACCCGGAAAGAGGUCAGCGACUUUUUGAGGCAGACGUUGAAAGAGACGGGUCUUCCUGUAACGGUGGCGACCACCCAGAGGGACGAGUUUACAAACUUCUUCCGCAAGCUCAGAUCAACGGGCGAAAAGCCGACGGCGGAAGACGUCAUCAGGGUCUGCAAGAUUUUCAGGGAUGACUUGACGCUGGACAACCUCUCAAGGCCGCAGCUUGUGUCAAUGUGCCGUUAUCUGAACCUGAACACCUUUGGCACGGACAUGAUGCUCAGAUACCAGAUCCGCCACAGGAUGCGACAGAUCAAGCGCGACGACAAGGCUAUCAGCUACGAGGGCGUCGACAGCCUGACUGUCUCGGAACUGCAAACAGCGUGCCAAAGCCGCGGCAUCAGGACCCACGGUAUCUCCCCCGCCAAGCUUCGAGAGGAUCUGCAGACGUGGCUGGACCUUAGGCUCAAGUACGGUGUGCCAUCGACGCUGUUGGUCCUGAGCAACGCCUACAUGUACAGCCAGAGCAGCUCAUCAGCCGCAGCGGAAGAUGGCGAGGUUUCGGGCCAGAUUGAGGCACUGACGGGCGUCUUGUCAUCUAUCCCCGAGGAACUUUUCCAUGAGAUUGAGUUGGAGGUGCACAACGCCGAGGGCGCGGCAACGAACAAGCAGCGCCUCGAGGUCCUCAAGGAGCAGCAAGAACUGAUUGAGGAGGAGAACGAGCAGAACCAGGGUAACGAGGAGACAGGUCUGGCGACACCUCGCGACAUUGAUGACAUUGACGAGAAGGAUGAGCGCGAGAUUCAGGUGGCCAAGCAAGCCGCGACUGAAGACCUCGAAGGCGUCGAGAAACAGCAGGUGGGAGACAUGGUUGAGGCAGAGCAAACUGCCUCGGCGGCAAAGACGAGCGAGAAGAGCGAAAAGUAG